UUUCCUGUCGUCUCAGAAGAAUCGCCCCAGCCUUUUUGGAAUGCCUCUGAUUGUUCCAUGUACUAUGCACACCCGGAAGAAAGACCUGUAUGAUGCAGUUUGGAUUCAAGUAUCUCGAUUAGCCAGCCCACUCCCACCUCAGGAAGCUAGUAAUCACGCUCAGGAUUGUGAUGACAGUAUGGGUUACCAGUAUCCAUUCACUCUACGCGUUGUGCAGAAAGACGGGAACUCCUGUGCUUGGUGCCCGUGGUAUAGAUUUUGCAGAGGCUGUAAACUUGAUUGCGGGGAGGACAGAGCUUUCAUUGGAAAUGCUUAUAUUGCUGUGGAUUGGGACCCCACAGCCCUUCACCUCCGCUAUCAGACAUCACAGGAGAGGGUUGUGGAUGAGCACGAGAGUGUGGAACAGAGUCGGCGAGCACAGGCUGAGCCCAUCAACCUGGACAGCUGUCUGCGCGCUUUCACCGGAGAGGAGGAGCUGGGGGAAAAUGAGAUGUACUACUGCUCCAAGUGUAAGACCCACUGCUUGGCAACCAAGAAGCUAGAUCUCUGGAGGCUUCCCCCCGUCUUGAUUAUUCAUCUUAAACGAUUUCAAUUUGUAAAUGGUCGAUGGAUAAAAUCACAGAAAAUUGUUAAAUUUCCUCGUGAAAGUUUUGACCCUAGUGCUUUUUUGGUGCCAAGGGAUCCAGCUCUCUGUCAGCGUAAACCACUCACACCCCAGGGGGAUGACCUCUCUGAGUCCAGGGUUCCAGCCGGAGAAGUGAAGAAAGUGGAUGCUCAGAACUCAGCUGGGGAAGACGACGUGCUCCUGAGCAAGAGCCCAUCCUCACUCAGCGCGAACGUCAUCAGUAGCCCUAAAGGUUCACCUUCUUCAUCAAGAAAAAGGGGAACCAGCUGUCCCUCCAGCAAAAACAGCAGCCCUAACAGCAGCCCUCGGACUUUAGGGAGGAGCAGAGGGAGGCUCCGGCUGCCCCAGAUCGGCAGCAAAAAUAAACUGUCGAGUAGUAAGGAGAACUUGGAUGGCAGCAGAGAGAACGGGGCCGGGCACGUGUGUGAGCUGGCUGAUGCCUUGAGCCGAGGGCACAUGCUGGGGGGCAGCCAGCCUGAGCUGGUCACCCCGCAGGACCACGAAGCAGCUUUGGCCAAUGGAUUCCUUUAUGAGCAUGAGGCAUGUGGCAAUGGCUACAGCAACGGUCAGCUUGAAAACCACAGCAAAGAAGACAGCACUGAUGACCAAAGAGAAGAUGUUCGUGUUAAGCCUAUUUAUAAUCUGAUGCAAUUUCGUGCCAUUCAGGAAUUCUGGGCGGGGGCCAUUAUGUCACUUAUGCCAAAAACCCAAACAGCAAGUGGUACUGUUACAAUGACAGCAGCUGUAAGGAACUUCACCCUGAUGAAAUUGACACCGACUCUGCCUACAUCCUUUUCUAUGAGCAGCAGGGCAUAGACUAUGCACAAUUUCUGCCAAAGAUCGACGGCAAAAAGAUGGCAGACACAAGCAGCAUGGACGAAGACUUUGAGUCUGAUUACAAAAAGUACUGUGUGUUACAGUAAAGCUACCACUCUGGCUGCUAGACAGGCUGGUGA